AUGUUCGUGGACCUUUCUAUGUGUUUUUCUAUUUGCUCUUCCUUCUUUGGCAUUUUCAUAUUCUCUCUAACUCUCUUCUUCUCUCUCUCUUCCUUCUCUCUCUCUCUUCCUUCUCUCUCUUCCUUCUCUCUCUCUUCCCUUCUUUCUCUCUCUUAUAGUCUCUCUUCUCUCUCUCUGAGCAAACUCUCUCUCUCUCUUCCUUCUCUUAAAGAAAAAACUCUCUCUCUCUCUUCCUUCUCUCUCUCUCUCUCUUCUCUCUCUCUCUCUCUUCCUUCUCUCUCUCUCAACUGUUUCCCCUUUUCUCUCUCUCUCUUGGAUCUCUUUCCUUUUUUCUCUCUUCACUCUCUCUCUCUUCUUUUCUCUCUCUUCCUUCUCCAUCUCUCUCUUCCUUCUCUCUCUCUUUGUCCCAUUCUCUCUCUCUCUCUCUCUUCCUUCUCUCUCUCUCUCUCUUCCUUCUCUCUCUCUCUCUCUUCCUUCUCUCUCUCUCUCUCUUCCUUCUCUCCUCUCUCUCUCUUCCCUCUCUCUCUCUCUCUCUUCCCACUCUCUCUCUCUCUUCCCUCUCUCUCUCUCUCCCCUCUCUUUCUCUUCCUCUCUCUCUCUCUUCCUCUCUUCUCUCUCUUCCUCUCUCUCUCUCUUCCCUUCUCUCUCUCUCUUCCCUUCUUCUCUCUUCCCUCUCUUUCUUCCCUCUCUCUCUCUUCUUCCCUCUCUCUCUUCCUCUCUCUCUUCCCUUCUCUCUCUCUUCCUCUUCUCUCUUCUUCUUUUUUUUUUUUUUUUUUUUUCUCUCUCUCUCUCUUCUUCUCUCUCUUUUUUUCUUCUUUCUGA